AUGUCGGUCGCAGUGACGCGUCGGCGCAAGGAGCAGGUCGUCGACCAGCGCCCGAAGCGCUUCAAGGCGCUCAAGUUCGGCAUCCAGUCGCAUCAGGACAUAGUGAGCCAGGGUGUGCUCGAGGUGUCGGACAACCUCCUUUACGAUGUCGAGAACAACAGAACCGCCUUCCCCCACGGUCCGCUGGACCCUCGCAUGGGUACCUCCAGCACGAACCGUGAUGCGAAAUGCGCGACCUGCAACAUGGGCCUUCAGGACUGCCCGGGCCACUUCGGCCACGUCCGCCUGCCGCUGCCUGUCUUCCACAUCGGCUACCUCAAGUACAUCCAAACGACCCUCCAGAACAUCUGCAAGGACUGCGCGAGAGUCCUCCUGACCGAGCCCGAGCGGCGCCAAUUCUUGAAGGAGUUGCGCCGUCCGGGAAUUGAUAACCUGCGGCGCGCCGCCAUCCUGAAGAAGAUCAACGAACAGUGCCGGAAGGUCAAGCAGUGCCCCUACUGCGGCGAGAUCCAGGGUGUUAUUCGGAAGCUGAGCGUCAUGAAGCUCGUGCACGACAAGUACGCCGCGUACAACAAGUCGACGGCCCAGAAGAAGAUCGCCCCCGAGAGCAAAGUCGAGUUUGACGCCUCGUUCGAGAAUGCGAAGAAGUACACGCCAGAGCUGGAGAAGCACACAAAGAAGGCAAUGGACGACCUGAACCCACUCAAGGUGCUCAACCUGUUCAAGAGGAUUAGCCCGACCGACUGCGAGCUGCUCGGUCUGGACCCGACAGAGGGUCGGCCGGAGAUGUUCCUCUGGCAGUACAUUCCCGCGCCCCCGAUCUGCAUCCGUCCGUCCGUCGCCCAAGAGAACGCGAGUAAUGAAGACGACAUCACUAGUAAACUGUCCGAGAUCAUUCUCUACGCCGGUCACCUGCGAGAGUCGCUGAAGAAGGGCGUAUCACUACCUGUGAUCAUGGAGCAGUGGGAGUUCCUGCAGCUGCAGGUGGGCAUGUACGUCAACAGCGACGUGCCGGGUCUCAACCAGCCCGGCUUCGGCAAGCCCAUUCGCGGCUUCUGCCAGCGCCUAAAAGGCAAGCAGGGUCGCUUCCGAGGCAAUCUUUCCGGCAAGCGUGUCGACUUUUCCGGUCGUACGGUCAUCUCGCCCGAUCCGAACUUGAGUAUCGAGCAGGUCGCGGUGCCGCAGUUGGUGGCUAAGAACUUGACGUAUCCUGAAAGGGUCAACCAUGCCAAUAUCGAGAAGCUGAGGCAGCGUGUGAUCAACGGUCCUAAUAAUUGGCCUGGUGCCAUGGGAAUCAUCAAAAAGGAUGGCGCCAAGUUCAAUCUUAAGAUCGGAACCGAGGCGUUGCGCGAGCGCCAUGCCAACGAUCUGCAGUUUGGUGAUAUUGUAGAGCGUCAUCUGGAAGAUAACGACAUCGUCCUCUUCAACCGUCAGCCCUCCCUGCACAAGCUCUCCAUCAUGAGCCACCUGGUCAAGGUCCGGCCCUGGAGGACAUUCCGUCUCAACGAGUGCGUCUGCACACCGUACAAUGCCGAUUUCGACGGCGACGAAAUGAACCUGCACGUCCCGCAGACCGAAGAGGCCAGGGCAGAGGCCAUCAACCUGAUGGGCGUCAAGCACAACCUGAUCACCCCCAAGAACGGCGAGCCCAUCAUCGCCGCCACCCAGGAUUUUAUUACGGCUGCCUACCUGCUGAGCAGUAAAGACAAGUUCUUUGACCGCGAGACCUUCACGUAUAUCUGCACACAGAUGCUGCUGGGAGAGACGCACCUGGAUCUGCCGCCGCCGGCGAUCAUGAAGCCCCGGUGUCUUUGGACGGGCAAGCAGAUUUUCAACGUGCUGAUGCGUCCGAACAAGGAGUGUCCUGUGCUGGUCAACCUGGACGCAAAGAACAAGGUGUUUAGCAAGAAGAAGGAUGGGCAUCCGCCGGAUAUGGAUAUCGAUGAUGCCUUUUUGGUCGUUCGCAACUCGGAGGUCAUGUGCGGGCGUAUGGACAAGGCGACCGUUGGUGGUGGCAAAAAGAACUCCGUGUUCUACGUGAUCCUCCGUGACUACGGGCCGGAUUAUGCCGCCGCAGCAAUGAACCGGCUGGCCAAGCUCUGCGCCAGAAUGUUGACUCUGCGCGGUUUCUCCAUCGGCGUGGGCGACGUCUGGCCAUCCGGUCCUCUAACAGCGCACAAAGCCAAGCUAGUUGAGGACGCCUACAAGCGCUGCGAUGAGCUCAUCGAGACCUACCGACAAGGCAAGCUGGAGAAGGCGCCCGGCUGCAGCAUGGAAGAGACGCUGGAGAACAUGAUCUCCGGUAUCCUCAGCCAGGUCCGUCAGCAGGCCGGUAACUACUGCGUCGACAGUCUGAGCAACAACAAUGCGCCGCUCAUCAUGGCCAAGUCUGGCUCGAAGGGCUCCGACAUCAACGUCGCGCAGAUGAUUGCCUGCGUCGGGCAGCAGAUCAUCUCGGGCAAACGUGUGCCCGAUGGCUUCCAGGACCGCAGUCUGCCGCACUUCCACAAGAACGCGCGGCAGCCGCCCAGCAAGGGUUUCGUGCGGAAUAGCUUCUAUACGGGUCUCACGCCCAGCGAGUUCCUUUUUCACGCUAUUUCCGGCAGAGAAGGUCUGGUCGAUACGGCCGUCAAGACGGCCGAGACGGGGUACAUGUCGCGUCGGUUGAUGAAGAGCUUGGAGGAUCUCUCGACGCAGUAUGACGAUACGGUGCGCACGUCGGAGGGGAAUGUCGUGCAGUUCCAGUACGGCGCGGAUCGGCUGGAUCCCGUGGACAUGGAGGGCGACGCGAAGCCGGUCGAUUUUGCGCGCACGUGGAACCACGCGCAGAGUAUCACCUGGGAUAAUAAGGAGCCCGGGUUGCUGCCGCGCGAGAUCCAGCGGCUGUGCAAGGAAAUUUUGGAUGAGGAGCGCCGGAAGUAUGUCAGACGGCAUCUGGUCACGAAUGAAGAGCUCAAGUACGAUGACGAGACGAUUCGUACGAGUAUGGACCAUGACGUGCUCAUUGCUAUUGAUGAGCAUGAGAGUGUCAGGGUGUAUCUGAAUACUAUUGCCGACUACGUCAGGUCGCAUGCUAUGAAGUUGGCGAGGGCGCGGAAGUCUGUUGGGUUGGAUCCGUGCAUUCCGGAGGACGACGAGAAGAUGAGGAAGGAGCUGGAGAAGUGGCAGCCGGCAGGGAAGGGCUUGGACAGUAUGGAGGUCGACGGUCAGACUAAGAAGCCUGAUUUCGUCUUCAAGGAGCUGCACCGCGACUUGGCAGAGGAUACGCCCGAGAAGCGGCAGGCGCGCGCCCAAGCCCACGUCGACCGCGUCGCCAAGGUCUCGGAGCGCACGCUGCGCCAGUUCAUCCAGAUGUGCCUGCACAAGUACAAGAAAGCGCGCGUCGAGCCAGGUCACGCCGUUGGCGCCGUCGGCGCGCAGUCCAUCGGCGAGCCCGGCACGCAGAUGACCCUCAAGACCUUCCACUUCGCCGGUGUCGCCGGCAUGAGCAUCACCCAGGGUGUGCCGCGUAUUAAGGAAAUCAUCAACGCAUCCAAGCUCAUCAGCACACCGGUCAUCACCUGCAAGCUGGAGAACAAGGUCGACAUCAAAGCCGCGCGCGUCGUCAAAGCUCGCAUCGAAAAGACCUACAUCUCCGACGUCAUCUCCUACAUCGACGACGAGUGGCUGCCCGACGUGGCGAAAAUCGUCCUGCAAGUCGACCUGCAGGCCGUCGCCGACAUGCAGUUGGGCAUCACGAUCAAGGACAUUGCCGACGCGAUCGUCAAGAACAAGAAGCUGAAACUCAAGGUCGAGCCGGACGAUCUCCGCGUCGGGCACGACCGUGUCGAAGUCAUCGUCCGCAACACCUGGACGGAUGCCACAGCCGCGCGCAAAGCGGCCCGCCAGCGCGCCGCCGCCAUCGAGAAGGGCACCGCCAUGCCCCUCACCAUGGACGAGUCCGUCGCCGACUUCCAGCUAAGGGUUAACUUCCUCAAGCGCAUGCUCCCGCAGGUCGCGAUCUCCGGCUACCCCGAGGCGAACAGAGCCAUCAUUCAGACCGACGACAAGACCGGAGAGCACGCGGUGCUCGUGGAAGGGUAUGGCUUACGCCAGUGCAUGACGACCGAGGGCGUGAUCGGCACGCAGUGCGUUACCAACUCGGUCAUGGAGUGCCGCGAUGUUUUGGGCAUCGAGGCCGCGCGCACGACGAUUGCUAGUGAAAUCCGCUCGGUCAUGAAGGACAUGAACAUCGACCCGCGACACAUGGAACUCUUAGCCGACGUGAUGACCUAUAAGGGCGAGAUCCUCGGCAUCACCCGCUUCGGCCUGGCCAAGAUGCGCGACAGCGUGCUGCAGCUUGCGUCAUUUGAGAAGACGCCCGAUCACCUAUUCGACGCGGCCGCGGGCAUGAAGAAGGAUCGGAUUUUGGGCGUCAGCGAGUGCAUCAUUAUGGGACAGAGCAUGUCAAUAGGGACGGGGGCCUUCCAGGUGGUGCGCAGACUGGGGAUUAGGGAUCAUCAGCUCGCGCCAAGGGCGACAGUGUUUGAAGAGGCUUGGAAGAGGGAGGAAGGGUUGAAGAGGAAGAUGAAGUUGGAGAAGAGGAGGGGGGUGACGGGGGGGCAGGAGGUUGCGGUGGGUGCGUAA